ACAUGCUGUUACCUGCAGGUUUUUUUGCUGCAUGAAGCAAACGCUGAACACCAAGUUUGUUCAUUUGUCGCUAAAACCUACACAUUUUCUUAAUGUAGGCUGCCGAUUAAUAAUUCUCUUGCCCCCCAAAAGUUUGAUCAAUACAGCCAUUGCCAGAUGAUCAAAGGGUAAAUUUACACAACAUGUUUUUGCAGGUCAUUUACUGGAAAUGUGAAUUUGACUGCAUUCAAACUCUUCACAUUCUCAUAAACUAUUUAUGAUUCACAAAAUAGCAGAAAAUGUUUCUAUCAUUUUGCUUUUUUUAAGUAUUUAAAAUGUAUUCGUAAUAAAAGUUGCAUUUUCCUCUUCUCGUUGAUGCACAGUACAUGAGUAUGAGGUAUUUCUUUCGUAGAUAGUUUCUCUAAGGCAUUCCUCAAGUUUUGAACUUGUGGUUUAAAAGUGUAUUAUUUCAUUUAUGUUAAACAUGUCUUCAUAUUCUUGUUCACUUAUCUUGCGCAAGUAUACUGGAUAUUAAAGGUCAUUCUUUUUCUCCAGACCCCAAAAAAUGUGACAGCUCAGUUCAGUUCUCUGUUAAUGAUGCCGUUAUUCUGAUUAUUUCGAAAGAUCUCCACAUUUUAUGAAUAUUAUGAAAAGAUGGUUGAGCGAGAGAGAGUAAGAGAGAGAGCGAGAGAGUAUAAAUUCAACAAGCUGCAGGAACAGACAGACGUACAUGUAAGUCAAGAUGAAUGUGGAUUUGCUUUGGUCGACUCUUGUUCUUCUAUCUUCUCCUCUCCUCACAUUAUGUGACCCGCUAUACAUUCUGUCGGCUCCUAAUUUGCUGAGGGCUGGUUCCUCAGAGAACGUGUUUGUGGAGGCUCAGGAUUAUAAUGGAGGAGAUUUGAGUGUGAACAUCAUGGUGAAAAACUUCCCAACCAAAAGCAAUGAUCUGCUGCACAAAACUGUGAUCCUGACAAGGAAAAAUAACUUCCAGGUCCUUACAGACAUAAAGAUUCCUGUCGAGGAAAAUAUUUUCCUAAAAGAUGUGGAGAAGCAGUAUGUGUAUUUACAGGCUCAAUUUCCUUCUAAACUGCUGGAGAAAGUGGUCAUGGUGUCAUUUCAAUCUGGAUACAUAUUUAUACAAACUGACAAACCCAUUUACACACCUGCUAGCACAGUUAAAUACAGGAUCUUCUCUCUGACUCCAAGCCUGCGUCUCAGCGCAUCAGAAAUAUCAGUGGAAAUCAUGAAUCCACAAGGUAUCACCAUUCAUUCAGAUAAGGUUUUUCCAGUGAGUGGAAUGAAGCCUAAAAUGUACCAAAUCCCUGAGAUUGCCAGUCCUGGGAUCUGGAAGGUGGUCACACGGUACGCGAAAACCCCACAAAAGACCUUCACUGCAGACUUUGAGGUCAAAGAAUACGUGCUUCCAACUAUCGAAGCCACAUUAUCACUCAGCAAAUCGUACUUCUAUGUGGGUGAAGAAAGUCUUACAGUCAAGAUUCUUGCCAAGUACCUGUUUGGGCAGAAUGUAGAGGGACAAGCAUAUGUGGUCUUUGGCAUCAUGGACGAAGAGAGAAAGUUGAGCAUCCCUGACUCACUGCAGAGGGUUCCGAUAGAUGAAGGUGAAGGAAGUGCUACUCUGACCAAGGAAAUGAUUCUAGAAACCUUUCCAAACAUCCUCCAGCUGGUUGGGAAAUCACUCUUUGUUUCAGUCAGCGUUUUAACAGAGACCGGCAGUGAAAUGGUUGAAGCACAAAAGAGAGGCAUUCAGAUUGUGACGUCACCGUACACCAUCCACUUCAAGAGAACACCUCAAUUCUUCAAACCUGGAAUGCCCUUUGACGUCUCGGUUUACGUGACAAAUCCUGACCAGACGCCUGCGGAAAAUGUCCCUGUGGAGGUCAACCCUGGAGGGUUCAGAAGUCAAACAAAAGCCAAUGGCAUUGCGAAGAUCCCCGUAGAGGUUAAGGGAGAUUCUUCGACGCUGGACAUCACAGUGAAGACCAAAGAUUCAAAAUUAGAAGAUAAACAGCAGGCGGUGAAAAAGAUGGUGGCUCACACCUACAAACCCAAGGGCAACUCUCAAAACUACCUGCACAUCGGCAUCGAUGCUGCCGAGUUGGAGAUCGGUGACCAAGGAAAAAUUAGUCUGAUUGUACCGACAGGUUCAACUAUCAAAAAUCACGAUUACACAUACAUGAUCUUCAGUAAGGGGCAAAUUGUAAGGGUAGGAAGAGAGAUGAGACAAGGAAGGUCUCUAAUCGUUGUGCCUCUAACUGUGACCAAAGACAUGGUUCCAUCUUUUCGCAUCGUGGCUUAUUAUCACGUUGGAUCGGAUGAGGUGGUGUCUGACUCCGUCUGGGUGGAUGUGAAGGACACGUGCAUGGGAACGCUUAAACUUCAGCUAAAAGACGAGAGUUACAACCAGGAUUAUAAAAGUCCACAUGACUUGGUCAACAUGGAAAUAACUGGAGACCCCGGAGCUAAAGUUGGGCUGGUGGUGGUUGACAAGGCUGUGCAUGUCCUCAACAAGAACAGACUCACACAGUCGAAGAUCUGGGACGUGAUUGAGAAACAUGACACAGGUUGUACAGCAGGGAGUGGAAGAGACAGUAUGGGGGUUUUCUAUGACGCUGGUCUGAUGUUUGAGUCCAGCACCGCUGGAGGAACCAACACCAGAAAAUUGCUGGAUUGUCCCGCCACUCCACAGAGAAGACGGAGAGCUGUGGAUCUUUUGCAGGUCACCAGUACACUGUCUGGUAAAUACCCGGGCCCUCUGAAGAAAUGCUGUGUAGAUGGAAUGAGAGACAAUAAACUCGGCUACACCUGUGAACGAAGAGCCACAUACAUUGAAGACAGACAGGAGUGUGUCCAAGCCUUUCUACACUGCUGCAAUGAGGCGAAAAACAGCAGAGAGAAGUUUGGAGAGGCAGAGAUGGUUCUGGCUCGCAGUGAUGAAGAUGAUAAUUAUAUUACCGAUUCUGAUGAUAUUGUUACAAGGUCAGUCUUUCCUGAAAGUUGGUUUUGGGAUGAGGUGGAGGUGCCACGAUGUGGAAGCAAAACCUGCGUAACACCAAAAAAGACCAUGCAUCUGAAAGACUCCAUCACUACCUGGCAAAUCUUAGCCAUCAGCAUGUCAGACACGCACGGUAUCUGUGUGGCAGAUCCUGUGGAGAUGGUCGUUUUUAAGAAGUUUUUCAUUGACCUCAAAGUGCCGUACUCGGCCGUUCGUAACGAGCAGCUGGAAGUCAAAGCCAUCAUUCACAAUUACACCCCUGUGAACAUGAAGAAAGUGCGUGUUGAGUUUGUAGAGACAGUAGAUGUUUGCAGCGCUGCCAGUAAGAAGGGUAAAUACAAAACAAUGGUCGAAGUCAGACCCUUUUCUACCAGAUCCGUUUCAUAUGUGAUCAUUCCCAUGAAGUUGAGCGGCGAGAAAGACAUUUACAUGAUCGAGGUGAAGGCUGCCACAAUGGGAUUUUCCGAUGGAGUGAAAAAAGAACUGAAGGUGGUGUCUGAAGGUGUGCUACGCAAUGACACAGUGAAAAAUAUUGAGCUCAAUCCUGCCAAUACGGGUGGAAUACAACACGUGCAAAUCAGAUCUGACAAGCCAUCGGAUUGGAUUCCAGACACACCUGCUAAGGUGUUUGUCUCAGUAUCUGGGGAUGAGAUCACUCAGACGGUAGAGCAGGCCAUCAGUGGAGAUUUCAUGGGUCGACUCAUUUACCAGCCUGGCGGGUGCGGAGAGCAGAACGUCAUGCACAUGACUCUACCUCUCAUUGCCACUCAUUAUCUGGACAGCACCCAUCAGUGGGACAAGGUCGGCCCGGAGCGCCGCGCAAAAGCCAUUCAACACAUCAACACAGGUUAUCAGCAGCAGUUAAGUUACCGUAAACCUGAGGAUGGGUCAUUUGGUGCCUGGUCACAUUCAAAGAGCGGCACAUGGUUGACGGCAUAUGUGGCCAAGGUUUUUGCUAUGGCCAGAGACUAUAUUACUAUAAAAGACGACCAGCUCUGCAGCGCCCUCAAGUGGCUGGUCCUCAACAAACAGCUGCCAGACGUCUUCAAAGAUGAUCAGCCUAUAUUCACAAUAGACAUGGGCGGUGACGUACAAGGGAAAGAUGGAGACGUUUCUCUGACUGCGUUUGUUCUGAUCGCCAUGCAAGAGGGCAGCGAGAUUUGUAACAGAUCAGUUGGGAGUAUGCUUAACAGUAUGAGAAAGUCUGUUGGCUAUCUGGAAGGUAAACUUAAAUCAUUGACCAAUCCUUACGCUGUUGCUAUGACAUCCUACGCCUUGGCCAACACGAAGAAACUCGAUAAAGAUGAGUUGAUGAAGCACUCAACUCUACAAAACGACGGCACCGCUUGGAUCGUCCCGGGUCAACAUUAUCAUUCUCUAGAGGCUACAGCUUAUGCCGUGCUGGCCCUCGUCAAAGCAAAAGAAUACGACACAGCAGGAGAAGCCGUCCACUGGCUGGCCAGACAACAAUCUCACUAUGGCGGUUAUAACACCACACAGGCAACCAUCAUGGUGUUCCAGGCGAUAGCAGAAUACCGCACACAAGUGAGGAAAAGUCAAGAUUUCAGACUGGACGUAGAGCUGGCUUUGGCUGAAAGAAUCAACUCGAUCAGAUGGAGUUUCAGUCAACACAAUGUGCAUGUGACGCGGUCAGACAAGACCGAUCUCAACAAGAACUUCAACAUAACGGCUAAAGGAACUGGAACAGCCACACUCUCAGUGCUCAGGCUGUACUAUGCCAAACCUGCUGACAAUGUUAACAACUGUAACCUGUUUGAUCUAACUGUUAAAAUCGCACAAGAUCGUCAAGUAAGUUACGUCGGAGCCCUUGAAAGUUACACACUUACUUUGGAAUUCUUCUACCAAGGGAAAUCAGACGCCACCAUGAGUAUUCUGGAUGUGGGUUUACUGACAGGGUUCAUAGCGGAUGAAAGAGAUCUCACAGAGUUAGUCUUAAGUAAGGACAGAGUUAUUCAAAAAUUUGAGAUAGACAAGAAGCUCUCAGAAAAAGGAUCUCUCAUCAUCUACUUGAAUAAGGUUUCUUAUAAAGAAAUCGAAAGAAUUGUCUUCAGAAUGCACAAGAUGAAUCAAGUAGGUUUGCUGCAGCCUGCUGGAGUCACCGUCUACCAAUAUUAUUCACCAGACUCACGCUGUACAAAGUACUACCACCCUGAAAGACAAGAUGGCACUCUGCUCAGACUGUGUCAGGGAGACGUAUGCCAGUGUGCUGAAGAAAAAUGCAGUUACCAGAAAAAAAACAACGUCCCCGAAGAUACUCGAUGGGAAAAAGCUUGUGAAGCUGGCAUGGAUUACGUUUAUAAAGUCAAAGUGGAGCGUAUGAAUCUGUCAGUACACUCGGACGUCUAUAAAAUGAAAGUGCUGAUAGUCCUAAAAGAAGGGACUGAUGCAGGUGUUGAAGGGGGGGAGAGAAUCUUUAUGAAUCAUCCCAACUGUAGAGAAGAGUUGGGACUUCAAAAAGACAAGACAUAUCUCAUCAUGGGCAAAUUCAUAGAUGUACCGAUAAUAGGGAACAGUUCCAUUCCAUUCCAUUUUCUACCGCUUAUCCGAAGUACCUCGGGUCACGGGCAGCCUGCGCUUAUCUCAGGAGUCAUCGGGCAUCAAGGCAGGAUACACCCUGGAUGGAGUGCCAACCCAUCGCAGGGCACACACACUCACUCACUCCGGACAAUUUUUCCAGAGAUGCCAAUCAACCUACCAUGCAUGUCUUUGGACCAGGGGAGGAAACCGGAAUACCCGGAGGAAACCCCCGAGGCACGGGGAGAACAUGCAAACUCCACACACACAAUUCGGAAGCGGGUAUCGAACACCCAACCCUGGAGGUGUGAGGCGAACGUGCUAACCACUAAGCCACUGUGCCCCCCUACCUUUUAAGUUACAUUAGUGAAAUAAAUUAACUUUUGCACGAUAUUCUAAUUAUUAGGGUUUCAUCUGUGUAUAGUCUUUGAUUUUAGAGUAUUUUUUUCAUUCAUUAUGAUUAUUUGUGCUUCAGAAAAAGGAAUGUAAUGGCCCGGAUACUUUUACAAGGCGAUGCAUAUCAAAUAAUAACACAAUGAUUCUAUUAAUAGAACCUUUAUUUUGCAAUUAAAACAAAGUAAAGUUUAGUGACAAUUUAAACAAUAUUCUCAAAAAUGUUCUUGCUGAACCUCAUAUCUGCAAAUCUGCUUUUUGGUUCUUUUUUAUUAACUAAACAUCUUGUGAGUUGAAAAUCUAUUUUUAAUACCUGUUAUUGGUUAAACAACUGUAAAACCCACG